ACGGUUGCUAUAGAAGGGAGUGGCGCGUGUGCAUUUGCACGCUGCCUUAUUUGGUUAUGCUGAUAACGCAAAGUGGCGGCUAUCUGGACGGUUAUUAAUAACGCAAUAAAAGUGGAUGCGGUCCACCGCUCGGUCAGACGUUUUCUUUGUUCCCCUGCAUCGCUGAUCACAGGUCACCGCCGGUCAUGUCGGACAACGAGGAGGCGGUGGAGGAGUAUGACGAGUAAGUCGAGUCGUCAUAGAUUGCAGAGCAGAUUUGGAGGUCCGGGUACUCACUGUGAUGAAUGUGUUUGACUUCUAACAGGGAGGUGGAAGAGGAGGAAGAGGAGGUAGAGGAAGGCCAAGCAGACGAGGAGGAGGAGGAGGAGGAAGACAAACCCGCUGGAGAGGAAGAGGAGGAGGAGGAGGAGGACCAGGAGGCCGGCGAAGAGGGAGAUGGCGACGCGGAAGCGGAGGAAGGAGAAGAGGAAAGCAAACCAAAGUUCAAGCCGUUUAUGAUGCCCAACCUCAUCCCGCCCAAGAUUCCCGAUGGGGAGAAGGUUGAUUUUGACGACAUCCAUCGCAAACGGAUGGAGAAAGACCUGAUGGAGCUUCAAACGUUGAUCGAGGUCCAUUUUGAGAGCAGGAAGAAGGAAGAAGACGAGCUCAUUCAUCUCAAGGAGAGGAUAGAGAGGCGCCGCUCCGAGCGAGCGGAGCAGCAAAGAAUCCGCAGCGAGCGAGAGAAGGAACGACAGAGACGUUUGGAGGAGGAGCGCUCUCGCAAAGAGGAGGAGGAGGCCAAGAAAAGAGCGGAAGACGACGCCAAGAAGAAGAAGACGCUGACCAGUCUGCACUUUGGGGGCUACAUGCAGAAACUGACGGAAAAGCGCAGCGGCAAGAAGCAGACGGAGAGGGAGAAAAAGAGGAAGAUCCUGAGCGAACGACGGAAAUCUCUGGAUGUUGACAACCUCGACCAGGAGCAACUCAAAGCGAAAGCGAAGCAGCUGUGGGAGUGGAUGCAACAGCUGGAAGCCGACAAGUUCGAGCUGCAGCACCAGAUCACCAGCAAAAAAUAUGAGAUCAACGUCCUGAGGAACCGCGUCAGUGACCAUCAGAAAACGCCAACUUUUGGAAAUCACGCUUUGGCGAUGCUGCUGCUGCUGCAAAAAGAAAAAAAAAGAAGGGAGUAAUGGAAAGCGGUCAAACGCAUUCCUGCUCUUUUUGCUCCAACUGGACGAGCUGGCUGCAUGGUUGGGUGCGGCGCAGCAGUCAAGCGUCCGCACCUCCGGCACAGAAUGUUUCACACAGCGGGCCGCUAACAGACUUGUUAUUUUUGGAACGGGAGGAUGACGAGAACGCCCGCAACAAAAAAGCCGCUCCUAACGGCACUUUGUGUUUUCCGCAGAUCCAAGAGGACCAAGAGGGGCCUGAGGAAAUAGAUGAAAUAGAUGCCGUCUCGCAGCAAUCGACGAAACUCAAACCGACCCUCACUCCCAACCCUCUCUCUAUGAAAAAUCAUAUCACUGUCACACACACAACCACAACGCGCUGCAUACUACUACUGGAUUUAUGGAUGUAAAUGAAUGAAAAGCAUUUCAAAUUUGGCCAAUGGUUUUUUUUCUCUCUUUCUUUCUUGACUUUGUGGACCGUCAGACUGCAUAAGUUCGGUUCUUGAUAGACGGAAAACUGCAAAGCGCAAGCAGUGCAAGAAUGAAAACCCUUCCCAAAGCCUAAAGCAAAGGGAAGAUGAGACGACAUCCUUAUGAGAGACAGGCUCCGACAUGACCCCGACUCUUAAGUUGCGCCUCGUACUCACGCUCACAUGCUGAAUUCACAUCACGGGACAAUGAGACAAAGCAGACGCGGGCGAACACAUCAAAUGCUGCGGUGUUGUGAUGGAACCGCAAUUACAUUUCCAAGCGGCUACUUGAGUGCAUCCCAUAAGGUCCAUUUGUCAUGCACGGAACAGAGGCUAGGACCCAAAAAUGCAAGACUCCAAAACAAAUGGACAGUUUCCAAAAAGAGAGGUUUCAUAGAUGGAAUUCUACUAUUAUACCAAACCAUUCCCAACUAGUUCAGAUCCGGACGCUGAGUAUUUGCUUGUAGUAAGAGGUUUGACAAUGCAUUGUUGUAUCGUUUGCCGUGCAAAACCUUGCAUAGAAUACAGUUCUAUGGAAGGUUUAAGCGCAGUUAUUCUGUGACUGAGUGACAGUAAAUGCUGGGAAUUAUAUGGCUCAAAUUAUAUACACGUUGCCAGAAAACUUCAAAAGUUUUUUCUUUUUUCUUUAGUGGAUUCACAGUCACGCAGGUCAUAGUAAGCCGCAAAAGUAGAAUUGACAUAACGGACUCUUCCUGCUUGUCGUUUUGUCUUUUUUUUCCUCCCCCGAAAAUGAUCAUCAAUGGCUUUGGCAAUGUUGAUGAUGCUAUCAGCCACGUUAUCAAUUUGCUCCAUUUUUCUUCCAUUGGUUUGCUCAAAUU